CAUAGUGAGAGUGCCAGUCAUGUCAAGUCAAGUAAUGUGGUAUACUGUAAACUGAGUCAAAAAUCAAGAAAAGUUAAAAAGAAAGUGAAAGUAACAAAGAAAUGUGAAAGUAGCAAGAACUGUAUAUAUAAGCUCUCUCUCCCUGCACUGCAAACUGUCCAGAGCCACACAGGAGAAGUGAAAUUUUAAAGACAAAAGAAAACAACAUUAGACUUUCGUUGUAGAUAUGGGAUCAUGUAAGUCCUGACUUGCUCCACUUUAGUCUAACAGCAAAACUGUGUCUUUACAUUAAACACUGAAAAGCUUUGCAACAUUUUGAAAGCAGAAAAUUGUUUCCUCACCUCAGCAUUUUACUGUGAGACUGGACUCUGCAUUUCUAACUUCUAAUCAGAUUUUUCCCACUAUUGCAAGUCAAAUUUGUAUAACUAUAACACUUGAUGACACUUAAUUAGUGAAAACAAGGCAUGGUAAAAGUUGAUUUUGAAAUGUCCUGAUGUUCAUAUUUUAUUUAUGUGUUCAUAUUAUGUUACCAUUAUGUGAACGUGUUAUUUUUUCUUUAGCAACUUUUAGUAAGCCAUGGAGGCCUUUUCCAGAGAAUAAUGAGGAUAUCCUGGAAUUUCUGAAUUCAUAUAAACCUCAAAAUCAGGAAGCAAAUCAUCUCAGAAUUUUGUUUUUGGGACCAGUUGGUGCAGGAAAAUCAACCCUCAUCAACUCUAUUGACAGUGUUUUACAACAUAGAGUUAUUGUUCGAGGUUUGACUGAUGCAAUCUCUGGAAAAAGUUUCACUCGGAAGUACAAAACUUACAAAUUCUCCAAAGGCAGUCAAGGUCAUUACUCGUUUGUUUGCAACGACAUCAUGGGCAUGGAGCAAAAGGAUGGUGGCGUUCAUGUUGAAGACAUCAAACUUGCCCUGAGGGGACAUGUUAAAGAUGAUUAUGAGUUCAAGCCACAACAACAACUGACAAAGAGUGAUGAGAGAUACCGUUCAUGUCCCAGCCUGAAUGACAGAGUUCAUGUUCUGGUCACUGUUGUUCCUGCUGGCUCAGUGUCUAUACUAAGUGAAGAAGUUGUGAAAAAGCUGAGAAAAGUCAGACUGGCAGCCAGGGAAAUGGACAUUCCCCAGCUGGCUAUUCUCACCAAAGUUGAUGAAGCCUGUCCUAAGGCGAAACAGGAUCCCAAAAACAUCUACAAGAGCAAAUACCUGAAAGAACAGGUCGAAAAAUUUAGCCAGCUGCUGGGAUUCUCAGUGAACUGUAUCUUUCUUGUAAAGAACUACAGUUCAGAAAUCAGCAUCGAUGACGACACUGAUGCUCAUAUCCUGUGUGCACUGAAGCAAAUGAUUCUCCAUGGAAACGACUUCCUCACCCACUUGAAUGACUAGAUGUGAGACUGAACGCAGUACUGACUAAAAUAUAAAUUACGUCUUGUUAUGCUACUUUAAUGAAAACUGCAUGGAUAACUUGUAUUUAGUAUAAAGGCAUGUGAUUGGAUUCGAAGCAUUCAUUUUUGAAAAAAGAAAGUCCUUGAAUGUCUGUUUCCAGACGUUAUUUAUCAUUUUAUCAGUAUUUGUCAGCUGACACACAGUCAUGCUGUCAUACUGUUAACGUUGUCAGUAUUAAAUGUAACAACUAUAAUGACAACCAAAAAAUGAAAAUGAUCAUGUUUCACUAUAGACUAAAGACAAAUAUGCAUCCCUUCAUUUAAACAAAAGAUUGAAUGUUGUAUUCAUUAUACAUUAAAAUGUGAGGCUUCAUUAAAUCCCUGUAGAGUGACAUUUAGUUGGAUAUAUUCUUGGUAUUUUACUCUGUAUGGCAAACUUUAAAAACAUUUAGCCAAAGCUACUCUUAUAUUUUAAUAUGCAAAAAUCUUUGUUAUGGUUAUGGUAGAUUUUUUAUUGGGCUGUGUCAUUUUGUUGUAAAAUUAUUCAGAUUAUUCACUUCUAGUUUGUAUGAAUGAUAUUUGAUUAGUCCCUUCUUUGUUUUCCUCUAUGUUAUUCCCUCUGUUGGUAUUUUGGUGUUUUGGUAUUUCAUGGGUUCAGAUGUUUUUAAUUACUUACUGUUCUGAUUGAGUAAUUAGAUAAUGUAGUAAUCUAGAACAUAUUCUGCUCUGGAGCAGGUAAUGUUCUACAGUAGAGAUAAGGAAGUAAGAAAUCAUCACCUACUGAUCAAUUUUCUGAAAGAUUGUGUCACCAUGUACUGACGAUCCCUCGGACACCCGUGUGCAGAUAGUAUAAUUUUUCAGUGUUGUCUAAUUUCUUUAUUUUCCUGAUGAUCAGCAAGAAAUAAAAAUUAUUAGCAGCAACUUUAUAAUUAGAUUUUUUUCCCUGCUGGGAAAAAUAUCUAAAUAUGUUUUACGUAAAUAUUUUUUACGUUGUUAUGCCCACUCUAAAUGACAAAGACAUGAACUUUGUCAUUUAGAGUGGGCUCCUUGUUGUAGUCAUGAUCAUGUUCGGAUAACGAAGAUUCAGGAUUGAACUGGAAAACAAUCAAAUCAGUUAAACAAGUAUAUACAAAUUUUUCACAUAUGUGAUUUCACAGUGCGAUUUCUCUCAAGGGUAACAAGGGAUUUCCCCCUUCUGGUUUACAUGUCCAUGCCUCUGCCAGAUUUUCAUCCCCGUUGGAACAAAUGUAUCCCUUCCUCUGAUUUUUAAAUCUAACUUUUAAAUACACCGUAUGUAUCAUUUAAAGGCAUAAUAAAAUAGUGUCAUUGUAUACACCAUU